GUCACCUCCUGACCUCUAGUGGCGAGCGCGGGGAACUGCGCCCCGGCCCGUCCGCCCGCCGAGCCCGGGCCGUGCAUGCCGUGCCCGUUGUUCCUUCGCAAACCGAGUGAACCUCCCGAUGCAUGGACUCUGGCUGUCGUCGACGCAGACUCUCGUGCACUGCUUAACCCCGUUUUGCUGCCAUGUGACGGCUGCAGACACUGUCCUCAAACUGCAGUCCCACAGACAAGUUUUGUAUUUUGGUCUGACCUACCCAAAGGUGUCCUUUUUAAGUCUUAUUUGUUAAUAUUUAUAAUGACAUAUAAUCCAAAGUAAAUGGAAACGUCAUAUUGCGAUCUCAUUGCCUUGGCGAGACUCUCACCUUUUAAUAGAUUUGAAGGGGGUGGGGGCGGUGGCUCACGCCUGUAAGUCCUAGCACUUUUGGAGGUCGAGGUGGGAGAAUUGCUUGAGGCCUGGAGUUCGAGACCAGCCUGGUCAACAUGGAUAAACCACGCCUCUAAACACACACAAUGACAAUUAGCCUAGCGUGGUGGCACACACCUGUAGCCCCAGGUAUUCAGGAGGCUGAGGUAGGAGGAGGAGGAUCGCUUGAGCCUGGAAAGUGGGGAUUGCAGUGAGCUGAGAUCACGCCACUGCACUCCAGCCUGGGCAACAGAGGGAGACCCUGUCAAAAAAAAAAAAAAAGAUUUGGAAGGGUAGGAGGGGAGGGUGGAAAGACGGAGGAAAAGGCAACUGAAACCUACUCCGGAUAUAGUCUUGUUACUCUUCACCAGGAACCCAUUUGAGGUAGGCCCUCAAGUUACAGAUGGGGAAACUAAGGCCCAGAGAGGUUAAAAUACUUUUACAGAAUCACACGGCUGGUCGAUGGCAGAAGCAGGAUUCAAACUGAGGCAGCCGAAGACUUUUUGCACCAGGACCUCUCGGCCAUGCUGUUGUCCACUCAUCCAACAAACAGCUGUGGAGUAUUGACUAUCGCCAGCCCGUCUGAGGCUCCAAGAGUCGUACAUUUUAGAAGGUAAUUUAAGACAUGUACUGCUUAGGUUUGGAGGGAAAAAAAUAAACCUUCCUAACCACAGAUUAGUGUAUUAGGACUAGUAGCAAUCCCCACACUUUAUACUUUCAUUCCACCUUGUUAGAAAAUGUUGAUCAAUGGUUGAAUACAGUUUAUUGUACAUCAUUCUUUAGGUCAGAAAUUUCUCGAGAUAAAAGCCUUUGCUUUCUAACAUCGACUAACGAAGAAAAUGUUUGUCACUGAAUGUGCAAACCUCUCAAUCUCUUUCCUCUAUGUCCCCCUUCAGGGUCAGGGUCAGGGUCCAGGUCCGGGUCAGCGUUUCGCAUUUAGUCAGGGUUUGGUGUUCGGUUUUGGCCGGGUUAGGGUGGGUUAGGACUCGGGUCAUAGUUUUGGGUUGGUGCGGUUGGCAUCCGUGCUGGAAUUUCCUUUCUGGCUGUCACCGUGACCGUAACCCGAAUUCUGGUUCCACUGCUCAAGAUCAGGGCUCUUUUCACCGCUGGCUCCAUUCAUUGCUUGCUCCUCCUGCUUAUCUCUCCUGUCCAAUCUGCAGAGCUCGCCACCUUCUUGUUCCGCCCUCUUCUCCCUAACAUCCAAUAGCAGCCUUCUCCGCAGUCCUUGCUCCGACCACUCCUGUCUCUUGCCCAAUCAGCAGGCUCUACCAAUGCUUACUCCGCCCACUUCUCUCGUCCAAUUGGCAGGGUCUCCUCAGUGCUCGCCCCACCUACUUCAUGCCCGUCCAAUUGCAGGAUCUCAGUGCUAGCCCCGCCCGCUUCUCGCUCCUAUCCAACCAGUAGAGACUCUACCAGUGCCCACCCUGCCCACUUCUCUUUCUUAUCCAAUGACAGGAUCUCCUAGUGCUCACUCCGCCCACUUCUCUCCCCCAUCCAAUCAGCGAGCUCUGCCAGUGGUCGCGCGUUCCUGUCCUUGGGGGAGGGAGCCCGGGGUCUCUCGGGGAAACGGAAACGCAGGCUCAGAUGUGCGGGUCCAGUUUCGAGGCGACGCGGCCGAAGCGCUCUUCCGCCACACAGUGGUUUUGUGGGGCAAAGGCCGCGCGAUUCCGCAGGCCCUGACCCUGCAGGGACUCAGGAUGGCCCUGGGCGCUUUGUCCGGGUGGAGCAAGGGCCCGCCCGGCGGGACGUCUGCGGGCGGCUGCGCAAAUGGCCCCGCCGGCACCGCGCGGGCCUGGGGAUGGGGGCAGCCUGGGGAGGCAGCGCCUGCGGGUGCCGCCCACGCCGAGCGCUCUCUGCCUCCCCGAGCACUCGCUGCGGACUCCAGGGCACCGUGCACCGAGUGCCAUCCCCGCUGUCCGCACAGGGGCUCGGCUGGGCUCCCGCUCCCUCUCUCGGUGGAAUGAGCUUUUGCAGAAUGAGGGGACAGACUUCGAAGGAAACACAUGCAGGCCUGACACCUAAAGAGAAAGCCAGCUGUCCCUGUGGUUUAUUUCUAGUAUUUUGUCUGAUUGCUUUUCAGUGAGUCAGUGGUAGCCAACAUCUUUAGUUCCUAGUACGUACCAGUGCUGUUUGAACACUCUCCCUGCGCUCUGUGCUCUUCCCAUGAUGAAGUGAAAACUUCAUGUAAGGACAGGGAAAGUGUAUCCUGGCCAGCUGUGGGGCUGGAUCCACGUGGGGUCAGCCCAUGGCAUGUUUGGCCAUCACACCGUGCUCACUGCUGCUCCUUCUUUUCCUUAUACUGUUAUGACAUCAGCGUCUCUCCUGACACCACCUGUGCCUGCUCAUAUUUAGGCCUGAUACUGGCCAGGUGUGUGACCCUAGGCAUGUUCUCAAACCUCUCACCUGUAAAAUGGGGAUGGUGCUAGGACCUGCCAUGGGGUGGUUGCAAAGGUUAAGCGGGGGUGGUUAACCAAAGCCUAGGAGCAUCAAGGAGCACCAUUGAGACACAGGUCUCCCUCUGUUGUCCAAGGCUGGAUUGUAGUACUGCUAUUGCAGCUGACUGCAGCCUCAACCUUCCAGGCUGAAGCGAUCCUCCCACCUCAGCCUCCCACGUGGCUGAGACUACAGGUGCUUGCCACUAUGCCCAACUAAUAUUUGGAAUUUUCGUAUACGUGGAUUCCAGAGGGGUGACAGCGAAACGUGGGAACAUCCAGUUGCAGGAAAACAAGCUUAACACGCCCACUGAUUCUACAUUAUGCUCCUACCUCCCGGCAGCCUCUCCAGGCCCAGAACUUUCUCCAGUCAGCCUCUACAGACCAAGCUCAUGACUCAACAUGGCCUAUUUAGGCCCAUACCCUACCUCACGGCAGUCUCCGCAGAUGAGGCUACUGCCUCACAACAGCCUCCACAGGCACAGCUCCAUCGUUACAAUGGCCUCUUUAGACCCAGCUCCUGCCUCCCAGCCUUCUCUCCAGGCCCUGAACUUUCUCAAGUUGACCUCACCAGGCCCAGCUCAUGCUUCUUUGCAGCCUCUCCAGGCCCAGCUCCUGCAUCUUGGUGGCCCCUCCAGGCCCACCCUCUACCUCCCGUCAGCCUCUACAGUCCCAACAUCUGCCUCACAGCAGAUUCUUCACGCCCAGCAUCUGUCUCACUGUGGACCCCCCAAGCCAAGCUCCCAACCUUUCAGCAGCUUCUACACACCCAGCUCCUGCCACCCAGUGGCCUCUUUAGGCCAAGCUCAUGCUUCACCAGGGCCUUUCCAGGCCCAACUUUUGUCUCAUGGCAACCUUCCCUGGCCAGAUUCCUGCCUGUCUCCCAGCAGCCUAGACAGGCCCAGGUCUUGCCUCACACUGGCCUCUCUACAUCCAGCUUAUGCCUCAUGGUGGCCUCUCCAGGCCCAACUCCUGUCCCAGGACGUCAUCUCCGGGCCCAAAACUUACUCAAGUCAGACUCUCUAGUCCCAACUGCUGCCUCCUGGUGGCCUAUGAAGGCCCAAAAUCUCCUCAAGUUGACCUUUCCAGGCCCAGCUCCUGCCUCCUGUUAGU